UUCGCGAAGAGCUUAAACCAAAAAUUGGGGUAGAGAUAUCUCCUGGUGUACCAUUAUUACAGGAUCCCCCUGGAAUUUUUGUGACACAGGCACAAUACAGAGCCUGGAAUUCUGGGUACGACUCUCAGUAUAGUGAUCUGAAAUAGCGACCUAAAAAUAAACACCCCAUCUUUUACUUUUGCUAGUAAGUUUAUGUCGUUAUAUUUUAGCAUCGCACAAUACUGCCAGAAGAAUAAUAAACCUCGCUAAUUAAUUCCUCCAAUCUACGUCACAACCACCUCUUUGGAAAAAAAAACUGUACUCGGAGAUAUCGUCUGCAAGUUUUUCAGUGUUGUUGGCGAUGUUUUUGGCGUUCGUCAGCUCGGUCGCUAGACGUCGAAGUUCCAGAGGAGCGUUUGGAAGUUGUUUUUUUUACGUGAUGUGUGGUCAAAAGUAAAUGUUUUUGAAUGUACGAGAAUAGUGAAAGAUCCCGCCAUCCCUCCGCAUCCCUCAAUGUCCCUCAACAGCAGUUCUAUAAUUCAAGAAUGAUGGAAAUGGAAGAAGGAGAUGUGCGGUCUAAGAUCGCAGCCAAACAGAGAACAGGCUACAACGUUAUGGCAAGUCAAAACGAGGGUCCAGGAUUAUGUGCUCUACUCCUAACAGGAUUUUCUUACCUUAUCAUCAUCAUCACAUUUCCUGUAUCCCUUCUGUUUUGCGUCAAGGUUGUUCAAGAAUAUGAACGUGCUGUAAUUUUCAGAUUGGGACGACUUAUGAAAGGCGGGGCGAAAGGGCCAGGUAUAUUUUUCAUCAUACCGUGCAUCGAUACCUACUGUAAGGUUGAUUUAAGAACAGUCUCCUUCGAUGUGCCCCCGCAAGAGAUUUUGUCGAAGGACAGCGUAACCGUUGCAGUGGAUGCUGUGGUCUAUUAUAGAAUCAGCAACGCAACCAUCGCCGUGUCGAAUGUGGAAGAUUACGGACACUCAACUCGGCUUCUGGCUGCCACAACUCUCCGUAAUGUACUCGGAACUAAAAACCUCUCUGAAAUCCUCUCUGAAAGGGAAUCCAUCUCACAUGUAAUGCAGUCUAGUUUAGAUGAAGCUACAGACCCAUGGGGAGUUAAAGUGGAAAGAGUUGAAAUCAAAGACGUCCGUUUGCCUGUACAAUUGCAACGAGCAAUGGCAGCUGAAGCCGAAGCAGCCAGGGAAGCUAGAGCAAAAGUAAUUGCUGCAGAAGGUGAACAGAGGGCCUCGCGAGCAUUGAAGGAAGCUUCAGAAGUCAUACAAGACUCUCCAGCAGCUCUGCAACUGCGCUACCUGCAGACCCUCAAUUCCAUAGCGGCUGAAAAGAACUCAACCAUUGUGUUUCCCUUGCCUAUGGAACUAUUCAGGGGCAUGCAGAGGAACAAAUGAAAAGCAAAUAAAAAAAACACGCAUUCAUAAGGCUUAACAUGUUUAAAGCCUUGUUGGCACAUGCUUUUCGUCUCACUCGGGCCACGAACACAAUUUAGGUAUGUUGCGCGAGCAGCAUCGGAAUGUGUACAGAGAGGAGUUGUACGAAAAUGUAUAUUUCACAGAACAUCAAUUUGGUUCCUUUUGUCUUAUUUCUCUCCCACCCUGCACACUAUUUGUGAGCAAACAUGUAUAAUCCUUUCUACUUUCCUUUAUCCACCUGUGAAUGUGUAUUUUGGAGUAAGAUGGUAAAGGCAGGGAGGUUAAUAUUCCAAAUGUAUAAAAGAAAAUUCGUUUGUAGACGGACGAAAAAUUUACGCGAAUGUUUAAGCUUUUUGCCUUAUAUAUCUAAAGUGGAGCAUGCCUCAACUUCGUCUUUUUGCUCAAAUGUUAAUUAAGCUUUUUAAUACUUGCUGUUACAAUUCCAGAUUAGAAUAGGAAAAUGGGUGUCUUAUAAUUUUCAGCAAAUCAAAAUUCAUCCAAUUCUAUGAAACCCAGGGCCUGAUUUAUCAUAAGACCUGAGAGGCUGAGGCCUAGGGUCCCUAAGUUUCUGAGGUCCCUCUAAAUGCUACAAAUAUUCCUUCAUGAUUUUCUUUAUUAAUUGACGAUUUGAAUCUGGAGUUAACCAAUAGUGAAAUAAAUAUUAACUCAAAUUUACAAAUAUACCAAAAAAAAUUUAUGAUAUCAAUAACUGAAAAGCAUUUUGUAACUAAAUAUGUAAGUUUGGUCUGAAAUUAUGGUUAAGAAGGCCUCCCAGAGUUAUGUGCCAACAGUCGCCGGAUUUCUAAAUCAGGCCCUGAUGAAAUUAUUAUUUAUUGAACGAAUAUGUUUUAAUUCGUAUUGUUGUAGUUAAGUCUAAACUAGAUCAUAUGACCUUUUUGUGGUUUUAAAUUAAUUCUCGUUAAAAACACGUACACUGUACCUCGCGUGUAUAAGAUAUGUGCAAUAUUUUUACAUAUCAUAGAUAUUGUGUAUCCUAUCACAAAAAUUAGUUAAUUCGAAAUUUUGAUCUAAGCAGAUGUUUUAUAAAUUUUUCUGAAGAAGUAUUAUUUCACGUAUUUUAUAAUAACAAAAUUACAUAAACAAUCUAGUUGAGUUUUGAAUUCAAUUAUUGUGUUUAAUUUCUCAAUUAUUGUGUUUUAAUUUGAAUAUAUUUUAUUAUGUAAGGUAUUCCUGUAAUCGCCUCCAUUAAUAAACACUUUUUGAAUCGUUGACAAAAAGAUUACACAUUAUGGUUCGUAAAUAAGUACUUAAGCGAGUAAAAAAGAAGAAAACUGAUCAAAAUCUAUCGCUAGAGAAGAAGACAAAAUUAAAAGCAUCCAAACAGGUUUGAUUGCCUGGUGAAAGUUGGAGGUGUUUCUAACUAUAGCUUAUUAUUUAUUAAACAUUUAUUAUUGGUUAAAAGUUAGUUUUCCUUUUUGUAACUAAAAAAGAGGCAGUGCAUAAACAAAAACUAUAGAAAGGAAAUGGUCUUUUACCUAAAUAAGUAGGGAAUAUCGGGCAAAAGUCCAUGUGUCCCUGCCAGGUUAUUAUUAAAAUUAUUAUUACUCGAAUACAUUACGAUAACUAAAAAUGUACGCCUUCCUAAUUAAGGUAAAAUUAAAUAUGAAUCUAACUUGUUGCACCAAGAAAUUACUUUCAACUUAUACUAAUAUACUAUAUCAUAUUUGUACUAAUUAAAAACAAUCUACAUUUACGAUUACUUAUUAAAUAAUCGCAGUUUAUUUACUAAAAAAUAAUCAUUGUCAUUGUCUACAAUGUCUAGGCAAUGAUUGAAAUGCUAGUCAUCUGCUGGUCAAAUUUUAGCAUUGUACAGAAUUCCGGAUUUUCAACGUUGCUGGUAACAUGCAUAUUAUAAAUAUCAAAAUCUCUGUAUGUUGUAGCUAAUAUUUCAAGGUGAUAGAAUUGUAAUUAUUCCACAUAGCAAAAAACUUUGAAAUUAUUUUUACCAAACAUUGUAGAUUUGAAAAAAAUUUAGGCAUAGCCCUUUUUUAGCGGAUGAAAUAAUUUAAUAACAUUUUUUGCUCGGAUCUUUUAGGUACAAUGGUGCUAACGAGUUCGUUUCUUACUUUUUAUAAAUAAAAAUUCGCUUUUACGAUAUUAUAUCUUUCAAUGUAAGUACAAUGACUUGUAAGCUUUAGUCAAUUUCAGAGGAGAAUUUUUACAGCAGUUGGAAAUAGAAUUUUAUGCGAAUUUUUGCUGCAUGAAAUACGUCAAAGAUCUUAUUGGUGUACACGAAUAAUAAUUAGACGAUAUUCUUAAGAUACAAUACUUUUCAUGAAAACAUAUUCAUAAGUGGUCUCUAAACUGUAAAUAAUAUAAUGUGUGCUAAAACCUUCAAAUUUAUGCUAAUAUUUUAUUGUUAGAAAUUGGUGUUCACGUUGAACCACAACAACUUGCAAAUUUGCUUCAACCCUCAUACGGUUCUAAGUUGAACCAUAUUAUUAUGCAAAUUAAGCUAUUCGAUUAAUCUGAUUAAAUGGUUCAAUUUGAAGGACAGCAUGGUUCAAUCGUAUUAAGUUUGCAGCACACGAACACGAAAUUAAGAUUCAUUAUGGCUCAGUGUGGAAAAAAUUUCUUCGAGAGCAUACAAAUUCUAUAAGAAGUUGAUGAACUUACGGUACUAACAUAAUGCACUAAGUAGAACCAUAUAGUGUAAAUCAAACCAUUUGAUUAUCUGAUACAAUGGUUUAACUUGAAGAAAUACAUGGUUAAGUUAAACAUCGUAUUAAGUUUGCUGCAAACGAGCACGAACCAAUUUCUUUGAAAGCGUUCAGAAUCUGUCAGAAGUUGAUGAACUUACGAUACUAACAUACGGUGCUAAGUUGAACCAUAUUAUUGUGCAAAUUUAACCAUUUAAUUUAUCAAAUGCAAUGGUUCAACUUAAAGAAAUACAUGGUUCAAAUAAACACCGCAUUAUGUUUGCAGCAAACAAGCACGAAAUCAAGAUUCAUUAUGGUUUAACGUUUCACCAAUUUCUUCAAGAACGUACAGAUUCUGUCAGAAGCUGAUGAACUUUCCAUAGUUUUCAUGAACAAAUAUUGAUAAAUGUGGUAUCAUCAUUCAUUCAUUAGUUAUUAUAACAAUUAUACUGUAAUUAGUUAUAAUACUUAGCAAUUAUCGAUAACUAAUACGUAAUUAUUGGUAGUUAUAACUAUAAAUAUCGAUUGAAUAUUAAUGCCUGAAAAUUAUUAAUGAAUUAUUUAUUUAUGUUAAUAUUAACUCAUUUGAUUACAUUCUUUGCAUAUAAUGCUACACAUGAAAACAUAUUCAGAAGUGAUUUUUUUCCUAACUUAGUGCCAAAACAUUAUGUUUUAGGUAAAAAAUUUCAGAGUUUAUCAGAUAUUACGACAAAUUACUUCCUAUAGUUUAAAUGAACAUAUAUAUUAAAUAUGACAUUAUUAUUAAUCAAUAAAUUAAGAAUGUAUUAGAAUAUAUCAAUAUUUUAACCAGUAAUUAUUAAAUAUAAUAAUAUAACACUACUGAUAAGUAAUUAUUUUUAAUCCACGAUCUUUUGAUAUCAUUUAUAACUAAUUUAUAAUAAUUUAUUGUUAAAUAUUUAUAAAUGUGAUUGAGUAAUAAAUUGGAUGUAAUAAUUACCAACUAUAUUAAUAAAAUAUAAUAAUUAAAAAUUAUCAAUAUGUAUUAGUGAGUUUCGUUUGUCUUUUUUAUAAAUUUUUAUUAGAGUAUGUUUUGAAAUUUAGCACGGCAGCAUUUUUGAAGCUCAUGUUUGUAUAAUUUUCAUUUUGUAGAUUAUUGUUUUACUUUCUUUUAUAUGUGCCUUGUAUUGAUCUCAAAAUAUACUGAUAUUAUAAUGCUUGAAAUCUCAUUGUUACUGAAAAAUAUUAGAAUUAAACGUGUCAUAUAAAAAUAAAAAUUCAAAAUUUU